UCCAUUCCGCUGCGCAUUCCGAUACCCAUCUCUGGCCCAAAUACCAGCAACCCUACACGAUGAGUUCCGUCGACAGGGAAAGCUCUCGCGACCGCGAUAUGGUGCUCAACCACCAGCAUUCUUUCUCCUCCGAAUCUGGCAGAUCACAUAUCCCCAUGUGGGAUAGCUCUGACCCAGACCGCGCACCACCCCCGCUUCCUCUUAAUCCAGGUUCGCCUGUCAACGCCUCGACUCGACCCAAC